UGAAUAUCAGCUGAUGAGCAACUAAUCCAAAAAGAAAUAUAAGUUCGAGUUUAAAUAAUAAUCAAAAGUUUGUCAUAUAAAAUGAAUGAUCCUAAUAAAGUCAUUAGUGUAAAUUUGUCUGCUUUAUUGUCUUUGAAAGCAGAGUUACAGCGAAAGAAAGUAGAAGUUACUAAAGCCAAGAAUGCUGAAGUGCCAACUGAAGAACGCUCUAUUAAGAAAUCUAAAUCCAAAGAUGAAACUACAUCAAAAAAUAAAAACGAAGCGCCACCUAAAAUUGAACAAAAGGAAGAUGCUAAGGUGUAUGAAGUUGAAGAUAGUGCAUUAUUGGAAAAAUCGAAGCGCGUGCUUGAAGCAAAAGCUAAAUUUUACGAUAAAAUGAGCCGAGCUGGUGGAAAACUUAAUAUGGAUGACAAUUGCUUAGUGCAAUUUAAUCGCAAGAAACAAGAAGAUAGCGACGAUGAAACCAAAUUAAAACGACAAUAUUCUAGCAGUGAUUUAAGUUCUAGUGGGGAAGAACAUAUGGAUGACGAAGAUGAUUGGGUAGAAUUUAAAGAUUGUUUGGGUCGCACUCGAAGAUGCCUACGUAAAGACUUAGAAACUGCGAAAAAACGUGAUGCUGAAUUAGCAGCUAGUAUGCCUGAACGUAUUGAUCAAAGUAAAGCAAAUUGGAUGUUAGAUACAAAUGUUAGUAAUAACAGUAAUGAUGGCAGUGACGAAAUAAUUGGUCCACUUCCGCCGCCAUCUGAAAAAACUGAUGGCUUUUCACAAAUAUCCAAAUUAGACGAACAACGUAUAGGAUGGGAGCGAAAAGAACUAGAAAAUCUCGAGAAAAUAGAUGUCCAUUAUCAAGAUGUAUUUUUUGAUGAAGCGAGACAACAUGGUGUAGGUUAUUAUGCAUUCUCAACAGAUGAAGAAGAACGUAAACGGCAACAAGAUCGACUACAAAAAGUUCGUCAAAAAACACUAGAAGAACAAAAACAACGUGAGGAAUUUCGUUCGAAGAGAGAAAAAAUUAUUGCAGAACGCGUACUAGCAGCAAAAAAUCGGCAAAGGGCACGUUUAGGGCUUCCACCGCUUGAUGAAAUUGAUGAAGCUGAAAAAAUAAAAAAUGAGGAAAAACUAGAAGAAACAAAAGAGGAGCGACGAGCAAGAAAACGUGAAGAAAAACAAAAACGUAAAAAUAAACGAAUAGAAGAGCAGCGGGAAUUUGAGCGUCAGCAACAUUUACGACCCUGGGAUCGUUCGAAAAAAUAUGUUGCCAAUAAUAAAGAUGAUAAUGAGGAUGAAAAAUCAGAUAAUUGGACAUAUAAACCAGAACGUUUGCCUAUGUCACAAAAGGAAUGGAAUGAAAAAAAGCGUACUGAGCGUAAUCCAGAUUUUGCACCACCUCAAGCAGAAUUAAAACGUACAAAUUUCAAUAGCAGCUCAACUUCAUCAAUGCAAUAUCAUAUGGUGCCGCCGCCUACCUUAACACAAGAAGUUAAUUUUAAUAAUUAUCAAAGCUCAAAACGUACUAAGCAAUUUCACAGAAAAAAUUAUCAAAGUGAAACAUAUGAGGAUAUCGAAUCUAGCAGUAGUACGUCUAGAGGCGCGACAAUACCACCGCCAGCUGACUUGGAUUGUACGCUACCAAUUAAUCCGAAAAAAUCCAGAAAAGAUAUUGAACUAGAAAAUUCAAUUGAAGCUGGUUUAAGGUUUUUGCGCAAUAAUUGCGAUAAAGGAACUAUGAGUACCAAAUCCAGUUGGACUGCUAAAGCGGAUUAUUAGUAUAUUUUAUCAAAUAAUAACUACUCUAUUGUGAUUUGAUGCAUAUUAUUGUAUAGUUUAUUAAAUUAAAUCGCUAUUAAAUAUACUACUAAAUAUA